AUGGAGAAACAUCCCGAAAUAUUUAAACACAGGCACAUAACAGUUGUGCAAUUCCUUCAACGGAAACACAACGGAUUUUUGAAAAAGCUCAUUUUAGCAAACACCGAGAAAAAGGUAUCAUUUAUUUUAAAAGCGCUAGAAGAGUUUACACUGUUUAUGGCAGAUAAAGAAAUGAAAAAUAUGUAUGUCAAAUUUAUUGGAGCGAUGGAUGGCUGGCUGAAAACACUUGAAAAACACAACCCUUGGCCAAGAAAAAAUCGCGAAUUGUCUAUUGUUGCUGGUUUAUUAUUAUUACCAAUGCAAAGGCUCCCAAGAUAUGAAUUGCUCCUGAUGGAUUUAAUAAAGAGCCCACAACUCCAGGGGAAUAUUGAUGUGAAGAGAGCUCUUGACUCUUCAAAAGAAAUGGCAAAUCACGUCAAUUCUAAAACAAAGAAAAUGACGUGUAAAACAAAGAAAUAA